GUCUGUUUAGUCUCACUACAGCUGUGUGUUAAUAUCUUUUACUAUGGCUUUAGUCGAAACACUUCUCCUGAAUGUCUCCAGCACAGGAGCUUUACUCGCUGCUCUUCUGCUGCUUUUGGUUAUUUAUUUCUGCUUCAGGUCUCCAGAAGAUGACCAAGAACCUCCAGGACCCAAACCACUGCCACUCGUGGGAAACCUGCACCUUCUGGACCUUAAACAACUUCAUGUGAGCCUCUGCAAUUUAUCAAAGAAAUAUGGGUCAGUGUUCAAAGUUCAUCUUGGACCCAAAAAGAUUGUGGUUUUGGCCGGAUACAAGACGGUUAAACAAGCACUGGUGAACCAGGCUGACGAAUUCGGGGAAAGAGACAUAACACCCAUAUUCCAAGACAUCAGUAAAGGACACGGAAUUGCCUUUACAAAUGGUGAUAGGUGGAAAACCAUGAGAAGAUUUGCUCUCUCAACUCUUCGAGACUUUGGGAUGGGAAAGAAACUGAGCGAAGAGAAAAUUAUUCAGGAGACGCGAUAUCUGCUGGAAGUGUUUGAGACCUUCCAAGGAAAUCCUUUUGAUACAACCCAGCCAGUAAAUUAUGCCGUUUUUAACAUCAUCUCAGCUAUUGUUUGUGGAAAACGGUUUGAAUAUGAGGAUCCAAAGCUUAACGAAAUGAUUGACAGGGCAAACCAGAUCAUCCUCAUGUCCGGCUCUGCUGCCAUACAGAUCUACAACUUGUUUCCAGUGCUUAGACCUUGGCUGAAAACCUGGAGACUGCUAAUGGAAGGUCUGGAUAAAUACUAUGCUGAAAUGCAGGUUCUGGUGGAUCGCUUACGGGAGACCUUUAACCCUCUCGACUGCAGAGGAUUAGUUGAUGCCUUCCUCAUCCAAAAACAAAGCUUAGAGAAAUCUGGAGAAAAUGAUUCACAAUUUAAUGAUCUGAACCUGCUCAUGACUGUGUCCAACCUUUUUGCUGCCGGUACUGACACCACCGGCACAACGCUACGCUGGAGUUUACUGCUCAUGGCCAAAUAUCCUCACAUACAAGAUCGGGUUCAUGAGGAAAUUGACAGGGUGCUUGACGGACGUGAACCGGUUACAGAGGACAGGAAAAAUUUACCUUACACAGACGCUGUGAUCCAUGAAAUCCAGAGACUGGCGAAUUUAGUGCCCUUGAAUCUGCCACAUCAAACCAGCUGUGAUGUGAACUUCAAUGGAUAUCUCAUCAAGAAGGGGACGUGUGUUCUGCCACUGCUGACAUCUGUUUUGAGAGAUGAGAGCGAGUGGGAGACGCCUGAAACUUUCAACCCUGAACACUUCCUCAAUGAGAACGGUCAGCUGAUCAAACGUGACGCCUUCAUGCCCUUCUCUGCAGGACGCAGGAUUUGUUUAGGAGAGGGUUUGGCCAGGAUGGAGCUCUUUCUGUUCUUCACUUCUCUUCUUCAGUGUUUUCACUUCACUCCUCCACCUGGAGUCUCUGAAGAUGAAUUGGAUCUCACACCAGUUGUGGGUUUCGUCUUGAAUCCCUCACCACACAAACUGUGUGCAGUCAGUAGGGUAGAAAAACAAAAGGCAAAAUAACUAGUUAAAAAUACACCUCAUAAAGAUUGUUAAACAUAAAGACUCUUACAGUGGCAUCCAGUGACUUCUUUUUCGAGCGCACACUACUGCAAAGUUCACCAAAACGUGUUGCUCAUCAUGUCAAAAUAUGCAUUUGGUGGGUCAUGUGAACCUAUGUGCACCACACAUCAUGCAAAAAUAUGUGCCUGCUGCAGACGCUUCUAAAGGGUUUAUGAUAAAA